UCGGCGAGGAGCUGCACGGGGACGAUGACGCCCCCCGAGCUCCGGCAAGCCAACGAGCCCGUGGGGCCCACCGGCGCGAGUCAACAGUUACCCCAACGAGCCCAUUUCGAUCAAGACAGAUUGGAUUUCUGAAAUCCUCGAGGCCAUUACACAAACAGAUGGCAAAAAUGGCUCCAGAGUCGUGCGAGUCCUGUAAAAUCUUGCCAGACUUUCGAGUGUUGCAGUAGUGCUACUUUGCGACGUAUACGCACAGUCACGCAAAUAGUAGACAUACAUCCUAUGUAUAGCUCUCUAUCUCUCUCUUUUUUUCUCUCCUCAUAAACGCACACAAGAUUUCUAGUCCUAUUUAGAAGAAACCAACAAUAGUAACAACUACGGAAUCAAUGACUAUCUAUUUUGAUUCAAGUCACUCGAUAAAAAUCAUAUAACUUUUGAUUCGUAAUUCAUGGUGCUAGAACAGGAAAAAGAGUUUUCCUAAAUCAAGAAAAAAAAAAAAAAAGUUCGUUAUAGUCUAGUCAUAAAAAAAGUGCUUCGUCGAACAAUGCUAUGUGUAAAAAAAGGAUGAUAAUUACGAAAAGCCGGGACAUAGUGUCAAUUUUGAAUGAGCGAUCGCGUGAAAAUUCGUGAGGAAAGACAAAGGAAAAAGUAAAGCAAAGUUAAAGCAACGAUGGCGGAAAGUGCUGGCAGUCCAGGUGCGAGUAACACAACGACCAAUAGUCCGCCACUGCCACAACCACCACCACCGCAGCAGCAACAACAGACGACGCACACGCAACAGCCUCCGGACAUAAGCAGCUCACAACUGGCCUCACCACCCAUCACCGGAACAGCCCAGAUCGAAAUAAUCCCGUGCAAGGUUUGUGGUGACAAGAGCAGCGGCGUCCACUAUGGGGUGAUAACGUGCGAGGGCUGCAAGGGUUUUUUCAGACGAUCGCAGUCCUCAGUCGUGAAUUAUCAAUGCCCGAGAAACAAGAACUGUGUUGUCGAUCGAGUCAACAGAAACCGGUGUCAGUACUGCCGGUUACAAAAGUGCCUAAGGCUGGGCAUGUCCAGAGAUGCCGUUAAAUUUGGACGAAUGUCAAAGAAGCAGAGGGAAAAGGUCGAGGACGAGGUGAGGUUUCACCGGGCGCAAAUGAGAGCAGCGUCGGAAACAGCACCAGAUAGUAGUGUUUUCGAACACCAGACGCCAAGCAGCUCGGAUCAACAUCACUCUUAUAACGGAGGUUACGCAUACGGAGGUAGCGAGUAUGCGUCGCCGGGGCCAGGAAGCGGAGGAUACUACAACGCGGGUUUGGCAAACUACGAGCUAAGCGCUGACUACGUUGACAGCACGACGGCCUACGACCCACGGCCGACCCAAACGCAGGUUGACACAGUAGCGCCCGACACGGCCUCCGUCACCGCCACGGGGGUCAUGCCCGUCGUAACCACUGGUAAGUCACCACUGCACGCGGACGCAACUAGCCCUGGCGGUGGUUGUGGCGGCAACGGCGCCGGGGGUGGCGGCGGUGAUACCGCCAACGGGGCUGGAAACAACGCUGGUGGGAAUAGUUGCACGGUGUCCAGCAACAACCGUACGAGCAGUGGUAACACGGUGAGCGGCGGCGGAUCGCUGAGCGGUGGUGGUAUCGUCGCGGUCAAGCAGGAAACCACGGUCGAGCUCGCCAGUCUUGGCCACGGCUCCUACACGAUGGUCGACUCGACGACUUUUCUCAGCGGGCAACAGAGCACGCCCCCCACCGCCAGGCUACAGGCCUCCGCCCAGCUUCAGACGGACGACGAUGAAGUUCCCAGUAUGUCCCUUGCGAUGAGAUAUCCGCAAGAAGUCAACGAAAUGCUGGCGAAGGCGAUAGCAGACGCACACGCCAGGACGUGCCUGGUGCCGACCGAACAGAUACAGGAAUCGUUCCGGAGUUGCCAGCCACGCGACACUAGGCUGCCGUACUACCUGGACACGAGUCACGAGCAGCUCUGGCUCGAGUGCGCCCAGAAGCUCACGAACGUCAUCCAGGUGAUCAUCGAGUUCGCCAAAAUGGUCCCGGGCUUCAUGAAGCUCUCCCAGGAUGACCAGAUAGUCCUCCUCAAAGCUGGUUCCUUCGAACUGGCAGUGCUACGUAUGAGCAGGUACCUCGACCUCAACACCAACUGCGUACUGUACAGUGAAACUUUGCUGCCAAAGGAGGCAUUUUUCACGAACGACACAACCGAAAUAAAGCUCGUGUCUUGCGUCUUUGAUCUCGCCCGGAACAUCGCCGAGCUGAAGCUCACGGAAACAGAGCUCGCCCUUUACAGCGCGGCUGUACUUCUCAGUCAUGAUCGACCGGGACUGAAGGGCCACGCGGAGGUCCGAAGAAUUUACGACGCGGUGCUGCGAGCCCUGAGGUCCGAGCUGGACCGCAGCCACUCGGUACCUUUGAAGGGGGACGUGACCGUGUGCGACGCGAUGAUCGCCAAGAUACCCCAGCUUAGAGACGUGUCCCUCAUGCACAUGGACGCCCUCGCCAAGUUUAAGCGGUCGCAGCCUCACCUCGAGUUCCCGGCCCUUCACAAGGAGCUCUUCAGCGUCGACAGCUGAACGCGUGACGGAAAUCUAGUCUUGACAUCGAAAAGGAGCAAGCCCGACCAAUCAUCGUCAUCCUCAUCGUCGUCAUCUUCGUCGCCGCAGCAUCACCAACAGCAAACACCCCCAAACGACGACGACGACGGCAAUGACGGCCACUUUGAGUAAUAAACAGCUGGGGCAUUGCUCUGUCAAGAUUAUUUCCUUCGUAUUGAACAUUUUGGGCCUUAAAUAAACAUAAUAUUGUUAUAUAAAGUAUAAACAGAGCAACAUAAAGAAUAUAAGGAAGAUAUAUAUAUAUAUAUAUAUGCAUACAUAUACAUAUAUAGAUAUAUGUAUAUGCAUGUGUACAUGAAUACGUUUAUUGGAAUACAAUAUUAAUAUAAAUAUAAGAUUAUGUAUACACAUACAAAUAUAUAUGUAUAUAAGUAUAGUAUUAUAUAUUUAUAUAUACAUAUAUUUAUUUGUAUCUUAAAGAGCUAUCGGUUGUUAUGACAAAACAAAUACACACAUACACAGAAAGUGAUACACCAACAACAUGCACAUACAUUAUUGACUAUGGAUAAUUGUGUAAGAAGGAUACAACUAGAGCGACCUCAAAACAAACAAAAUGUGAUUCGCAAAAAAAGAGAAUUCAUAAAAAAAGUGACUGCAUGUCCGACAAAAAUUACGACUGAGCAAGCUGCGCCUUUUACUGAACUGUACAGAUCAGUUUUUGGUAACACAUGUCAUAAAACAUGUUCGGCGUGCAAAAGUUUGAAGCCGAUGUUGAUGAAAAAUUGCCACAAUAAGGACGUCAAGUUCAACAGUCACAAAAAUAAAGAUUAAAAUUACUCUAAAAGUAUUCGUGCUUAGUUCAAUUAGGCUACAAAUGCAUUAAUGGGUAUGUCGACACAAUGUCGUAUGACAGUCAUUUAAUUGAUUCAUUGGACAUGCAAACAACGAUAAGAUUUGCUCGGUCGUGACAGAGGACUGUAUGAUGAUUCUUCAGAAAGGCACAAGUGAUGAAUUAAAAGCUAAUCACGUUAAAAAUUGGUAUUUGCUUGUUUUUGGGUCCCUCCACUCGAGCAUUGUAUUUUUAAUUUCAUUAUUCUCAUGAUUCGAGUGCGAAUAAAAUAAAAUGAAUUUAAAAAUAGAUAUUGACAGUAGCAAGUGUUUUGUCGACGAUACGCGCCCUUUGUAAUACAACAGAAUUUCUUUCAAUACGCUUGAUAAAAAAUAACCAUUGGCUAAUGGAAAAAUCAUAUACAUGCGAAAGCAAAAAAUGUAGAUCAAGUGAUGAAUUAAAAAAGUAGUAAUAGUUACGAUAGACAAAUUUUUUGUAAUUUCGACUCGUUUUCCGGAAGCGCGUAAUGCACGUGUGGCAGUUAUCUGUUUUUAUCCUGUCAAUUUAUAAUAGUUUAAAAAAAAAAAUAAUAAAGAAAUAAAUAAUGGAAUCUGGUAUUCCACUUAUUGCAAAGUUAAAAGUUAUAUAAAUAUACUGUAAUGUACAAAAUAUUUCUAUGAAAUUUUUAAUGAAAA